UGUAAUUAUUUCGAGAGUUGCUGUUUCCGUGCUUUCGGCAAGUGGUGGCGGGUUGUGUGUGUUGAAGUGGAAGUAGCUGUAUAGCAAAAGAGGGGACACAAAGUAAAGGCAAUGUUAUUUAGAUAAUGAUUCUUACGAGAAAUUUUGUGUUUAAGUUGAUAUGUUUUCGUCCGUACACUGUCACAGUUGACAAGGGACAAUUUUACUUUACGCAGUGCAGGUUGUUUGCUUCCAAAAAGGAGCCAGAAUGCCCAGAGCAGCGAGUAUUUUCUGGAAUACAACCAACAGGUGCAAUCCACUUAGGGAAUUAUUUUGGUGCUAUUCAGAAAUGGGUUGAACUUCAAGAUGGAGGCUGGAAAACUAUAUUUAGCAUUGUGGAUCACCACGCGAUGACUAUCCCACAAGACCCCAAGAAACUGCAUAGUAAUAUAAUGGAGUUAACAGCCACACUACUGGCUUGUGGAAUAGACCCAAAAAGGAGUAUUCUUUUCCAGCAAUCCAUGGUUCCAAGGCACUGUGAGCUUUUGUGGGUUAUCAGCUGCAAUGCAACUGUUGCACGGUUGGCACAUUUUCCUCAGUAUAAGGAAAAGUCAGCUUCACUUCAAGAAGUUCCUGUGGGGCUGUACACUUAUCCCUUGCUGCAGACUGCCGACAUCCUCCUUUAUAAGGCAACUCAUGUACCAGUGGGAGAAGAUCAGGUGCAACAUUUACAGCUGACCCAACAUCUAGCACAAAGGUUUAACAAACGCUAUGGCUCCACAUUUCCCAUACCACAAGUUAUCCUUACAGGUGGGAGCAGCAGCAAAAUUCGUAGCUUGCGCAAUCCAUCAUCCAAAAUGUCAAAGUCUGAGGUAGAUGUGCGUGGCCGCUUGCAGUUAUCCGACCCUCCAGAGGUGCUGAGAGACAAGGUGCGGAAGGCAGUCACAGAUUGCACCUCAGCCGUAACAUUUGAGCCAGAAUCUCGUCUCGGUGUGGCCAACCUCAUAGUGAUGCACAGCCUGUCAUCAGGAAAGUCUCCAGAAGAAAUUUGCUUAGCAGCUCAAGGACUUGAUACUGGAAGGUACAAAAUGGUAGUCGCUGAUGCAAUAAUAAACAAACUUCAACCCAUUCGUGAAAAGAUCCUGUAUUACAUGUCCAGACAAAAUGAAUUAAUAGAAAUCCUGGAAGAAGGGUCACAGAAAGCUGCAGCUAUAGCUGAAGUGACAUGGAAUGAAGUAAGAAGUAAAAUUGGUAUUAAAAUUUCAUAAUAUCGUUGGAAGUUGUGGCAUGGUACGUAAAUGUAGACUUCUUUGAAGUCUAACAGUAAAAAAUGAAUGCUAAGAAUUGAUAGUGAAAGGAUCAUAUUUCCACAAGUAUGGGCAUUCUUUGUCGAGGAAAUUCACCUCUCCCCAUAUACUAAUUCUACCUUAAUUACUAUAUUUAAGUAAAUAUCAGUUUUUAAACUUUGUACAUUUAUUGCCUUUGUGUUUAAGCUCUCAAGUUUUCAAAGUGUUAUAUUAAUAGGUAAAAGUGUGUUUUGCAAAUUAUGUACUAUCAGAUGUAUGUAAAAUUACCUGUACCAGCAGGAAAAGACGUAUUGCUACAUAAAUAAAUUUUUUGCCACAGUAAA